AUGGCAUCAAUCGACUUUCCUGAAAGCAGCAGCGAGCAGUUUCAGGAUGGCCUCGCAGGCAUAGAUUUUGCAAUGUGGAAGCUUGCGGAGGCCAUCGGCCCUUUCCAGGACGAGAUCGGCUUCCGAUGUUGCGGUCGGAGCGUGGGGUUCCUUCACCAGGCGAGCGACCCCGACUUAGAAGAGGCAGAGCUCACCGACCAAGAAGCCAGCGACUGGAGCGCCAUCUUCACAAGCAGAAAGAUUCUGAUCAUGGUCUGUUUAGGCCCUGGCAAAGGGACCCUAGAAAUGCAGCCGUACGAUGACGAGGCGAAUGUCUCGGAGAUCACCACAGUGCCCGGCCUCGUGGUCGUGCUGCGCACGGACCAGCUUUCCUUCAAGUUCUUCUGCAGAGGACGAGAGGCCACGCAUGUGGCCACCUCCUUCAUGCUGCAGAACGACAUUUUGCGAAUGCACAGAAACAAGCUGGAGGCACACCUUACUCCACCCGCCCAAGAACUGGACCAAUGGAUCGACCAGCGCCUUCGGGAGAUCAAGGAGAUGGAGCCCGAGGAGCCGACGGAGGAUUGGACCACCAAGGGAGACGUCCCCAGGAACUUUAUUCAUGCCGCGAACCGAACUUGGUUCAAGCGCCAGACCACGGUCUGCAAGGGAGCAGCUGCCAGGUUACCGGUGACCUGGGAGCCGGAGGUCUUCUUCCUGGGCUUGACAGCAGGUUGCGACACAGUGAUCGAAGUUCCCAUCAUGCGAUGGGAACACGAUACAGUGUACGACCCUUCCCCCGAUGCGUGGAAGAAGGAUCCGCCCAUGACGAAUUGCAAGCACGCUUCCUUCGUUGACGGUGUGGAUCUUUUCGACAACAAGCUCUUCGGCCUGUCCCUGGCGGAGACCAAGGGCAUGGACCCUGGGCAACGCCUUGUGCUGGAAGUCACCUACGAUGCACUCUACAGGAGUGGCAUGCGGAAGAACACACUGAUCAACUCCACCUGUGGUAUGUAUGUUGGAACUUCCAUGAGCGAAUGGAACUCGGCAGAAAAGGCCGCAGAUGUUGGUAUCUUCGGUGCUACGGGAGGAGCCCCCAGUAUCACUGCUGGUCGUCUGAGCUUUUGCCUUGGAUGCAAAGGGGCCAGUUUAGCCAUUGACACGGAGGCCGCCUCCGGCCUGUCCGCUUGCUUUUGGGCUGCCGAAGCCGUUGAGAAGAAGGGCGCUGGUCACAUCCAGGAGCUCUCCUGCGGUAUCGGUGUGCACCUUUGCCUGGCAAAGGCAUGGUGGCCCGCCCACACUGCGGCGGGCUUCCUUUGCCCAGGAGGGCGCUCCUUCACUUUCGACGCAAGCGCACAGGGCCACGUGAGGUCGGAAGGCGUUGGCACCGUCGUGUUUCGAUGUCAAGAGAAGAUGGACGGCCAGGAGGAGAAAGAUGACCAGUCGGUUGGUACCAUUGUGGGUGGUGCCACCCAGAACAGUGGCAAAAGCGCCGGAAUGACUGCCCCUUCCGGUCCUGCAGAGCAGGCUGUGCUGGUGGAGGCCUGCAGAAAGUCGGGCAUCACCACAUUGGAUGUGGAUGUCGUCGAGUGCCAUGGAUCGGGCCGCUUCAUUGCCGAUGCGAUCGAGGCUGCUUCCUGUGGCCGAGCCUUGAGAGACGGUGCCGACUCGAACGAGGAGGAGAUGUGCGGAAACCCAGCGCAAGGGAACGCGCGAGCUCAGCUCUGUGGGUGUGCCCAAGAUCGCCGACUUGAUGGCUCUGUAGGCGUUGCAACUAGGUAA